UCAAAAUGAUAUAAUUUAUUGGGAAAAUUGCAGCUGAGGUGAUUUUGUCCAAAUCUUUAGUUUGUGCCAUCGGAGAUACCAAACCUUUAAAAAAUGAGUGGGGCCAGUCCAAAAUGAUGGUUUCCGUCUGUUUGACGGCCAAAACCGUCGGUUGACCCUUCUAAUGAUAUUUUCAAGAAAUUUUCCCAAAUAAGUGAAGGACAAUUUGGGCAUUAUACACAUUUCCCUCCUCAACAACAAACACGUUAGUUGCAACUUCAUUCCACUCACCAUCCACUAUAGAUCCUGCGAAAACCCACGAAGAAGACGAAACAUACGUUGAAGAAGGCGAACAUUCAGUGGACAUUGUAGUCCACAUUCGAGGCUCUCUUUCCCAACCCGUGCAUGAGGAAAAUUCAAAGUACUUCAGCAUACGGCUUUGUCACGGUGGAAUUUUAUUUCAGAAGAUGAGAAAUUUUGUGUAUGAGCAUGGGAAAAUAAGUUAUAUAGACUAUAUCGACCUUGAUUUCUUCAAUAGAUUUCUUUUGAACAAUGCCGUGAAGAUGUUAGGAUAUUCUGAUAGAAUUAGAUAUCUGUACAAGAUGGAGAAGAAAAGAAUGAGUGAAGCUUCAUUUUGGUUGGUUAAAGACUUAGAUUUCAUGAACUUAGUGAAGUGGCUUGGUGAUAAUAGGACAGUUAAACUGUAUUGCUUGCCUGUAGUUGAAGUUUUGGAGUUGCCUUGGGAUGAAACAGAACAAAAGGAUGUUCAAGUGUUUGAUUGUGAGACUGGUGAGGAGUUGGUGAAGGUUCAAAAGUCUAGUGAAGCAUUAAAUGAGCAGCAAUCAUGCUAUGCUGUUGAGAUUUAUGAUGAAUCAGUAGAACGUGAUGACGUGUAUGUAGUUGAUGAAGUAGAUGACAUGGAAGCAGGUGAAGAGGAAGUUUUCCUUACAGGAGAUGACGUCGAAGAGGUUAUAGUGCAUGGAACAGAGCAUGAGUAUACAGAGGUUGAUUUUAUAAGGGCUGAAGUAGACUCACAUGAACCAGAAGUGCAUGCUGCUGAACCAGAGAAACCACGUAAUUUUGAACCACAGCUGAGGUCUGAACAUGAGUUGCAUGACGCUAAAACAGUGGUACAAACUGCUGAAACUGAUGUGCAUGCUUCUGAACCACAGCAGCAGGCUCAACAGGAGUUGCAUGUUGCUGAACAAGAGGCGUAGGCUGCUGAACAUGAUGCCGAAGCAGAGGUGCAGGCUGCUGAAAUUGAUGUGCAUGCUUCUGAACCACAACAGCAGGCUCAGCAUGAGGUGUAGGCUGCUGAACAUGAGUUGCAUGAUGUCGAACCAGAGGUGCAGGUUGCUGAAACUGAUGUGGAGCUUGAUAAACCGCAUGUUGACAUACCGGUUGUUGAAACUGGUGUGGAACAUGAUGAUCCUGAGCAAGAUGAUGAAUAUGAGGAGGGUAUUUUGGGAGAGGAACGGAGUACUAGCAAGAAGAAAAUAUUGUUGUUGAUGAUAAUGAUGAAAACACAUAUUUCAGGUUGAGUGAAAGUUUUGACAUUAGUGUAAGGAGUGAGCAGGAAGGUGUAAGGGAUGAGCAGGAAGGUAAGGCAGCUGCUGGGAAGAAUCUGGAGCAGACUAUGAAGACUCCAAUGAGCUUAGAAGCUUACCCAGUGAUACGGAGGUUGAGGGAUCAUUUGCUAGAAGGAAGAAUGUGUGCUGGUUUAACCUUGCAACCGAUAUGGAUGAUCCACAAUUCAAGCUAGGGAUGAAAUUCGACAACGUCAAGAUUCUAAGGAAUGCAGUAGUUCAAUACUCAGUCAAAAAUUCUAGGCAACUAAGAUACGUGAAAAAUAUGAGGACAUAGUUGGGAGUUCGAUGUCAAGAUAAUUGCCCUUGGGUUCUGUAUGCGUACCAACAACUCGACAAGAGUUUUAGAAUAUAUACAUUGGUAGAUAAGCACACAUGUACCAUGGUGUGGCAAAAUAAAAGGGUUAAUUCAGGUUUUCUGGCAAAGAAAUACGUGAGAAAAUUUAGUCUGAUCCCAACAUUCCAAUGAGUAGUUUUAUGGAGACUGUGAAAGAGGACUGCAUGUUUGAGAUUUCAAAGCAUCAGUUCUACAGGACAAGAUCGAAAUGUGCAGAAAUUAUCAAUGUGAUUGUAGCUUAGCAGUAAAAAAUUUUAUGGGAUUACGGUGAGGAAUUGAAGAGAAUAAAUCCAGGCAGUACAGUGUAAAUCGAAGGCUCGGGACAUACUUUUAAGAGAUUGUACAUCUGUCUGCAUAGGGGCUUGUAAGGAAGGGU